CAUGUCUCUUGCUCGCGCCUCUCUCAUAGGCAGAAUGCGGCAAGCCUCUUUAACCACUCCUGACCACUCCUACCAGCAAUACACGCAGAUACUGCUGCUUGCGUCGAGUUACGCCACGCACACUUACACCUACCGUAUCCAAAGCACGGCGACGUUCUUGCAUGUUUGAUCGGGGGUUGGGAGUAACUUGUUCUCCGCGCUCAGCUAUACCAGCCACGGGACUACACCAACCUGCCCCUUGCCCUGUCAAUUGUUUGCCAUCUGCUGGGGUCUGGGAAUCAGCUGCACCCUACGGGACUUCAUCAACGUGCCUUACCACUGUCCCAUUGCACACUCCUGCUCUGCCGCUGCAAAACUGUUUGCUGUCUGCUUGGGGUAUGGGCGUCAGCUGCACCCUAUGGGACCUCGCCAACCUGCCUGAACCCUGUCCCAUCACACUCCCAUCGCACACCAGGACCGCGAGCUCAAAGUCCGCGCCGCGCGCAAUAGCAAGAUUCUGCAGGUCAGAGCACGUAUAGUCCCGUAAUUUGCACGGGGUAUGUCUGUCAUAUGCCAGCGGUUUGGCCGUGGCUCCUAUUUGCUCAGAAACCGCCAUCGGCGGGUCGUAGAGAGAGACGCCCCGUUCUGUUGUGACAACGCUACUAGUACAAACAAAUGUUUCUGUAGCACAUGGUAAAGAAAUAGAAACUUGAUGAACAACAGUGACAAGUUGAGUGGUAGCGCCCGACUUUGACUCGUCACACCUCCUGAGUCCUAACAGCGCCCACAGGACCUGCUGCCUUAGGCCGCCGCGCGAAGGACGCCUGCAAUCAUAACCACGCACUAUAUACGCCCGCUGUACCCUAGCCGCAUCAAGGACUGAAACGCGGGCAGGGCCUCGAGCCAUGGCCACGAAGGGCGGCGACGUGGAGCAGCCUGCCAAGGGCGACAAGGCGGAAGUACCAAAUGGCGAGCGGAGCUCUCCCAGCGGCGGAAACCAAAUCACCCUCGAACGCUUCAACACGCCUACACGGAACGUGUUGAAGAAGUUUGAUGACAACGGGGACGGGCGCAUCGACGCAAGCGAGAUCCAGGCGGUGGUGUCCACGCUUGUGGCUGAGAAGUUCAAGUCCAAGGCCUUCAAAAUCGGUCUCAUCGUCCUGGGUAUCUUCACCAUCAUCCUGCUGGGCGCCAUGUUUGGUCUCACGUGGGCGGUGGUGGCAGCGUUGAAGGACACGCAGGUCGACAACAGCGGCGUCAUGACCACCAAUGAUGGCGCGUCCACGCCGGUGCUGACGGCGAACCUGGACAUGACUGUAUCUUCGGACGGCAAGCUGGUGUCUCGCACCUCCAACAGCACCAUCGCCACCACGCCCGCGGUCACUCGCAGCGCCAUUUCUUCUGAGACCUCCUUCGACCUGCUGCUGAAGCUGCGCAACCUGGUGUUUGUGAGCCCCGGCGGCGGCCUGUACUCUGUGGACGUGCAAGGCGUGGCGCGCAUCCCCAAGACCACUGGCGGCCACGUGGUCCGGUUUCAGACCGCCUCGGGCAUCCUGGUUCUGGAGCGCAACAACUGGGAGCUGGUGAACGCCACCAACUAACGCGAUGCUGGACGGGCUGUUCUCCACGGGCACAUCGGGCCGGCGCCUGCUGGAUGACGGCGUCAAGUACUGUGAGUGGCGGGCGCUCGGGGCUGGUCGUACCACAUAGCAUGCCGCAUGAGUUGUUGGUUGGAGGCUAGAGGGAC